AUGUCUCCUCUAUUACCAUCACCAGUCACAAGCCACACACUCAAGCUACCAGAACUUGAUCCGCAGUCGCAAGUUUCUCUUUCGGAAUGUGAGAAAAAAGCUCGUACUCUAAGUUGCAGAACCGGUUCUGCUGUGGUCUUAGCAAGAUCAGCUAUUUUCGUAAAUGGCGGAUUCACAAUACCGCUAGACUUGGCGGAAGUGAACUCGAUAUCAAUUCAGAAAGAACUAAUACUGUAUUUCAGUCGCGAAAGCAAGUCCCCGGACAGCUUUCAGAACCUGAGUGAAUGGAUUAGUACAGAAACGUUUUUCCUGGAUUUGAUUUCCAGGACCUGGGAACGAGUGAUUACUGAAGAAGGCACAUCACCCAUAGUCGAAGGCUCAGAGAAUAACAAAAGUGCGGUAAUGAGGGAACGGGUUUUCCACUCCAUAUGCCACCAUGACGGUCACCUUUACAUAUUUGGGGGUCUUGUGGUUUCUUCACAGUCUGACUAUGAACUUAUUGCAUCUAACGAGCUGUGGUCCCUGGAUCUCGAGACGAAGACGUGGUUGCGACUUAGCAGCGAUCCAUCGAUCACUCGCCGCUUCAAUCAUAGCAUGCACCUUGUGCCAGGCAAUGACGAAAGCGAGGAUACACGGAUCUACAUUGUGGGCGGCCUCAAUAAAUUUGAUCGUCCCGUUCAUGUUGUGGACUGUUUCAACUUAACACAGCAAAGGUGGGAGUUCGCUGAUGAUGAACCUGACCACGGCAACAGGCCAGAAAUUAUCACCAACAUCAACGGACAAAACACUCAUCUGGUAAAAAAUUCAGGCUUUUCAUUGCUCCUCAGAGACCAAAUUUCUGAUGAGCCUUCCAUUGCGAUGUAUAACCCCAGCGACGACGGCUCUGGUGAUAUUGUGAACCCCUUUGUAGCACAGCCAUUGGUUCCUGGCUCAAGAGGCCAAAGAAUGAUGUCUUUUCAAGGCUAUAGCUCAAGUGAGAAACAAAGCUUUGAAGUGCCUUUUAACUUACAGCAUGCUUCUGGUGACUACUUUGGAUACAAUAUCAUACUUUCAGGAUUCCACCCAGAUGUGCAACCGGAGAAUUUCCGCUGCUUUACUUAUAACAUCCCAACUGGGAAAUGGACCGAAAUUAAUACCAUGAGCGAUGACCCAUCUGGCGCCACUCCUAGGCUCUGGCAACUCUUCGUGUGGCAUUCACAUCACAAAGUGGUGUUUCUAGGAACCAGAGGAAAAGGGAACCAUCUACCAAGCGUGCAAAAGUUUGAUACCUUGCUAUGCAUAGCCUUGCCCAUGAUCAAUGUCUUCCACAAAGCGAUGCACUACGCUCAGGGGACACGAGGCAAAAGUGCAGCAAGCUCUGAACAACUGACUCUAGGUCAUGAAGGAUUUGAAGGAUACUCUCGUUAUUCUGCGCCACCCCUAGAAAUCACAACAAUCGGGUCUGUUUUUCCUUCUCAUGCUAUGGCUCUAGGAAAAGACUCACUUGAAUUUUAUGGACAGCACUUAUCAGAUUUUGAGAUUGUCACGGAAGAUGGAGAUUCUGUCAGGGUACCGAUGUAUUUGCUGAGGAAAAGGUGGGGCAGAUAUUUCGACGAGGUGCUAAGUCAGGGCUACGUGAAAGCUAUCAAAGAUUUCGAAAACCAGAACCGCCACAAUGAGUUUGCGAAACUUUCCUACGAUUCGUCUCAUCAUAACGUUUCAACGCCAACGACACAACAUUUUGGCAGCACUGGGUCAAAGGACGCUCCAGGUACCUCUUUAAAUGGGUCGUUCGAUGCUGGAAAUAGCAAGACUGAGCAAGUUCAGGUCAGCCAGCCGCUUUACCCUCUGGUAUCGAGAAAAUCUAGUCCCUUGUUCUUUGCUAACAAGUCCUCUCAGAACGAUAAGGCUGAAAAAAAUGAUAACGGAACUGCUGAUUCUAGAAAUGCGCCUGCAAUGCAUCAUUCAAAAUCCGACAGCUCAGCGAUAUGUUCGGCAAAUACGCUUUCUCAGUACUCAAAGGAUGCCCAAGAUACAGUUAAAGCUGAUUCUCAAACUUCACAAAACUCUAACAAGACCACCAGCUCUUCCGGUGGCAUGGUUUUUCGAUUGCCCUUCCAGGAGGCCAGUAACACAACCUUCUCGACUUUGGUUCCGCAUGCUAGCAUGCUUGAUUCAGGGCGCAGCGACGGCGGAGAUAGGCAUUUAGGGCAAUAUAAUCGCAGAAGAUCGUCGGCGUCCACGUCACUUCUAUUCGAUGUGGGCGGCCAAAAUUCACGUAGAGCAUCUCACCCUGCGGUUUUUAACAGUGAUGAGAGAUUUGCAAUCCCAGGCAUUCUUCAACAAUCCCAAAGCCCGUUUUGCUCACGGAAGGCUUCUGUUACUUCACAGAACAGCUCAAUAUCAUAUGUUAGCUCCACCUCUGAUAGAAUGGGGAACCCUGCGUACCGUCACAUGUCUCAAGACAGUGGGACAACAAACUCGACCUUCAAUUCUGUGGGAUCGCAGAUACCGCCACCACAGCCGAUGCCGAUGGAACCUGUACCCAUUCCGCCUCAGUCGCACCUCGAGAUUUCGAAUUGCCCACCUUCCGCAAAAAAUAGCCCAUUUUCAUCGAGAAGGUCAUCCUUGUACCACGAGCUGCUUCGUCCUGGACUGGCUUCAUCCGUGUCGCAAUCUAUUAUCGGAGUUCAGGGAAAUUCUGGUCUAGAAAGUGGUCCCUUAUAUGAGCCAGAUCCCCACUCCAUACACAAGCGUUCUAUGGAUAGACAAUUACUAGAAGACAAUCUCAUCGAUGUUGAGCUUGAAGGAAACUUUGGAAAUGUCUCUCAAAGAUACACAGCCACUAGGUGCCCGAAAGCGUCUAGAGAGGAUAGCUAUGGAAACACAUCAGUUCAUGUCGAAGGGGGUCGCCCCUCGUACUUUUCGACCGCAGAUAGCAAUUGCAGUGUUACAGGCACUAUAACGAACGAGUUAGAGCCUUUGCUUCUACCGAGGUCGCUUUACAUGCCAUGGCCUACAUCAACUAUAAGGUCUUUCACGGAAUUUUUUUAUACAGGCCAAGUCAACGGCAAGUGGCUUCUUUCACCUGUUGCCCUUAACUUGCUAGUAAUGGCCAAACUUUAUGAAAUACCCCUUCUUUAUGACCUCAUGUCUGAGGUAUUUUACUCUAUUUUAGGGAGGAAAGGGGAAAGCUUACUGACAACAGCCGAAGCUAUGAGACACGUUUUUGUCUCCAGUUUCUUAGCAAAACAUGAAGGAAAUGAAGAAACCGUCAAGCAACUGAAGGAAAAUUUCGUAUAUCAGGAAAUCCUUGACAUCGAGGACUCUUUGCGUUCUAUUGAUAACGGUCAUUUCAAUACACAUCUUUUAAGAGACUUGACAAGGCUGGGAUCAACAAGUAGCUCUGAAAGUGGGGAAAAAAUAACUUCCCGUGAAGGGAAGGAUGGUACAUCUCUAAAUGUUCCGAUUUUGUUUGCGGGUGGUCCCCGUGGCAGUCACAAUUCUGUAGGUUCGGUCGGGCUCCCGCCCAAUUUGGCUCUGUCUCCUUUCAAAGGAGCCCAGCCGAACAUUUCUCAACCUCAUAAGAAAUCAAGUCUAAGCAAAGAUGUUACCGCUGACCAACCCGAGAGAGUAAACCUUGAAGGUGUCAAUGGCACAAAAACUGUCACCUUGGAGAGAACCGAAAAAACGAAUCAAGAGAAUAAAGCCGAGAAAAUUGAACAGAUGAAGCUCAGUAACAUGUCUCAAAAUGAAUCAAGCGCCCUUUCAAACCAGGUUGCCGGAAUUAAAUCGCCAACUGGUGGCUGCGAGGGCGAGGCCGAGAAAGAGCCUGAAUAUAAUAUGAAGCAGGGCGAAAACAACAAGACUCUAGAAGACUCUACAUCAAGCUCCGAGUCGGGAGACAUAAGCGCAGGUUUCGGGCUGGCUUCAACUUCGAAAAUAGAGAAAAAACUGCGAAGAAGGGACUCUGAAAAGUCAAUUGACCCUCUAUCAAAACUAAGCGACUCUCGAAACUCGUCUCUGAAAAACGUUAUUCCCUACUUUAAGCAGGGCGAGAAGUACUUUAAAACAGACAAUUCACCACGUAAUGUGGAUACGUUGACACUGGAUAACAUGGCUUCGCCUAAUGCCCUUCCUCCGGUUGAUUACGUUAUUGAGUUAAUUCAUGAGACAGCAUCAUUAGUACACGAUGUUCGCCUUAUUGUUCGAUGCAUCAGCGUCAUCAAACUCUCAAAAGCUUUGAAAUCUUUGAAGCAGCAGCUCGAUCAUGAGUUUGCGAGUUUGAGCGAGGAGUUCCGAAGAGCCGAGACUCCCACUGAUACAACACCGCGAAGCCCAGGACCCGGGCUUAAAUCAGAUGGUGCUCCAACGUUAACUCCCACUACCUCCGUGGACAAAAUAACUAAGACCACCUCCAAUAUUAGUCUGGCUAAAAAAAUUUCAAAGCCAGGCACCCCAGAGUCAAACGCCCGGAAUCCUAACACGGAAGUUGCAAGUCGGUUUACCGUAUCAGAUCCGAACCUGGCGGACAAGAGCGACACCGCUUCAAUAAAUACGAAAAAUUCCAAGGCUUCUUCGAAACAGGCCAGAAUAAAGAAGGUUAACUCGCAUCUAGCGGGGAGCGGUUUAACAGGAGCAGCUUUGUUCAUGAGUGGUUCAUUUGCUCCUACUCCUAGCAAACCGAAGAAGGAGUCGUCGAGCAACAAUUUAAGCGCUAUGGGGGGCAUUCCUUUCUUCGGGAAAAGAAAAUGA